AUGACAAGUACUGACGAUACUGACGAACAGAUUGCGGAACUGAAGUUCAAUUACGACGUUCUGAUCAACGAACUGUAUCAUUUGAAAGAAUAUACGUCAUUGGUAGAAUUUGACCCAUGUUUAAGGAACUCGUCGGAGAGUUUUGAACAUUUUGUAAAAUCUGGCAAUUUGGACAUUUCGAAAGCCAAUUCCAACGAUGAAGAUGACGCAAAUGCGUCGCGCAGAGUACGAAGGCGCCAGGCUAGAGGUGAGGUAUCGAUACCAACUGACAGCGGCUUGGGGCCCGAUGUUGAGUUUUUAGUAGGGGAAAGGUACAAUGAGCUCGAAUGCCGGAUGGAGCAAAAACCUUAUAAGCGUCAAAAGUUAGUGAAGAACGAACCAUUUGUCAAAAAGCAAAAAGUUGAAGUCAAAUCGCAGCCAACUGGCAGAAUAUCCGUAAAAGAGGAAGAAAAUAAUCUCACGGGCGGUCCUAUAAAUACGGUCAGCACUCUUUCGAAACUUAAUGGUAUCGAUGAUCGGGCGUGUGAUAGUACGUAUUAUACAAGUUCCUCUUCUGAUGAGGAAUGGGACUCAAAGAGAAAGAGCAAGAGAUCUCCUCGCAUCAGGAUCACUGUAGAUGCCCCGAAACAAACAGUGACGAACCCAUUGCAUGUUUUGAAGCCUGAAUUCAAGUCAUUGAACGAAUUCUUAAAAUCAUACAAAGCCCUAGAUGAGGACAUGUCCAUAAAUGAAUAUAACAGGUAUGUUCAGGAUCAAAAAUCGCUAUUUUCUAAGAUUUCGAAAGGUCUGGAAACGGGAGUGCUUCAUUAUGAUUAUGAGACAGAUUCGAUUCAGGCGAUCACUUUAAAAGAUGCCACUGCUACACAAUCACACAGGCCAGAGCCCAUAAAGUACCUUUACAAGGAACAACAGCAGUAUACGUUUCGUGACCAUUUGGUCAAUCAAGGCAUAUUCAUGAGCAGACUAUUUCAAGAAACCAAAAAAGCUCGCGCUUCCAAUGUAAGGAAGAUAACGCAAAUGGUGGAACAACAUUUCAGACAUGUCGCAGGCGCCGAAGACCGCAAACAGAAGGAGGAAGAUAAAAGACUCAAAACUUUAGCUCGGACUGCCGUACAGGCUGUUAAGAGGAGAUGGAUGGUUGCUGAGAAGGCUUACAAAGUAUUGAAAAAGGACGAGGAAGAUCAACUGAAGAAAAUUCAGGGAAAAGAACACCUGAGCAAAAUGUUAGAACAAAGUACUCAACUUUUGGGCGCGCAACUCAAGCACUUUACCAAUGAUGAUGAUGACAAGGGCGUUAAUACUUCAGCAAGUCAUAGUGACAUGGAACAUAGUAACAACGACAGUGAUAGCGCUUCGUUUACAUCAUCUGAUGAUGCAGAUUCUUGGAAUGAUAGCGAGGAUGAUGCCAGGCUUUCGGUUGAACAACUUCAAGCAAAAUAUGCCAGUUUGAAGAGCGAAAAAGAUGAGGCUGCUGAAGUUCAUGAAUCCGAGACCGUUCUUUCUGGUGAAGAAGAUGAACCGGUUAAAGACGAUGGAUCUAACACAGCUCUUUUAAGUGAAGAAGAUGAGCACGUUAAAGUCGAUGAAUCUAACAAACUUCUUUCAAGUGAAGAAAAAGAACACGUUAAAGCCGAUGAAUUUGAAGCAGUUCUUUCAGAUGAGGAAGACAACGAGUCCCCGUCGCCGGCUUUAAAGUUGACAGAGAAGGAAAAGAUCGAAUGGCAAAAAAACCAGGACGAUGAAAAGCUUGCAGUCCUCGAUGACGAGACAAGUGAUGCAUCCGAAUCUGAUGCCGAACAGUCCUCCUUUUUGAACUCUGAUGGAGAAAACGAGGAGGAAGACAAUACAGGUAUAAAAGAAGAUCAACCAGAAGGGCUUAUGUCUUUAUUUGAAGAAAUAGCAGAAGACCAAUCAGAAGACGAAUCUGAUUAUGCGUCUUCGUCUGCAAAUGAUAUUGCUUUGUCAGAGGAACAGGAAAGCUCAGACUCGGAAAUGGAUGAAGCAAUUACCCCUGAACCCGCUUUCGACAAGAAAUCGCAAAUUGAGGUACACGGUGGCUCAAAAGAAGAGAUUGAAAAGGAUCCACUGGCUGUCGUUGACGUACCAAUCCCAUCGCUUUUACGUGGAAGUUUGAGAAUUUAUCAAAAACAAGGGCUUAACUGGUUGGCGUCCUUGUAUAACAACAAAACCAAUGGAAUCUUGGCAGACGAGAUGGGUCUCGGAAAAACAAUUCAGACCAUCUCACUCCUAGCAUACUUAGCUUGCGAAAAGGAAAACUGGGGCCCUCAUUUGAUUGUGGUUCCCACAUCUGUCCUGCUUAAUUGGGAAAUGGAAUUGAAGAGAUUUGCACCUGGGUUCAAAGUAAUGACCUACUACGGUUCUCCACAGCAGCGUAAGGAGAAAAGAAAAGGAUGGAAUAGACCUGAUGCAUUCCAUAUCUGCAUUACUUCCUACCAAUUGGUCGUGCACGACCAGCAUUCGUUCAAGAGGAAGAAGUGGCAAUACAUGAUCUUGGACGAAGCACAUAACAUCAAAAACUUCAGGUCAACUCGUUGGCAAGCCCUUUUAAAUUUCAACACUGAAAGAAGACUACUUCUAACAGGAACGCCGCUACAAAAUAAUCUGGCUGAACUUUGGUCUUUACUAUAUUUCUUAAUGCCUCAAACAGCGGUUGGCAAUAACGGUGGCAUACAGGGAUUCGCAGACUUAGAGGCGUUUCAACAAUGGUUUGGAAGACCCGUGGACAAAAUAAUACAAACUGGUGAAGGAUAUCAGCAAGAUUCGGAGACGAGGAAGACUGUUGACAAAUUGCAUCAAGUUUUGCGCCCUUACCUUUUGAGGCGGCUGAAGGCAGACGUUGAAAAGCAAAUGCCUGCAAAACACGAGCAUGUUGUUUAUUGCCGGUUAUCCAAAAGGCAAAGAUUUUUGUAUGAUGAUUUCAUGUCGAGGGCGCAAACAAAAGAGACUUUAUCCAGCGGAAACUUCAUGUCUAUUAUCAACUGCUUGAUGCAGUUAAGAAAAGUUUGCAACCAUCCAGAUUUAUUCGAAGUGAGACCGAUUUUGACCUCGCUAUGUUUGGAGAUGAGCGUUCCUCACGAUUACGUUACAGUGAGUAAUUUCAUUACGAAAAAGCUUCAUUCCAAGGAUAGCGAAACGUUGAUAGAUCUUAACACACUAAAUCUUAAGUUCUCAUCAAACGAUUCGGUGUUAUCGUCACAUCACGCUAAAAGCAUUGAAGGGAGCCAGUGCAUCCGGCAAUUCACCGAAGAGGUAUCAAAGCUGCGAAAGAAAUCCCAGGAGCAAGACACAUUAGAUGCAGGGGAAUCUCUAUUCAAUUUCCAAGAUAUUAAUCAAUUUUAUCAGAGUUUUGCGGCUAAGAAGACCGGGGAUAUGGUGAGCCGUCUACAAUACCUGCAAUAUGUCAAUGACUUGAGGUGCGCAAAAAAACCGGUUUAUGGCAGUAACUUGCUCAAGCUCUUAAGCGUGACAGAACCUUGCCUUGAGGACUCCGUAGAGGAACUGUACAGACCACUACAGUCCAAAAUACUGGAUAACAACGCUAUAAUAGAAAAGUUUGCUGUCAUCACUCCCAAGGUUGUGACGCUGGACGCUCGCGAUUUAACACUGGGAUUGAACGAGGACAGUAUUUUCCAUUCGAGUGCAAAAUCGACAAUGCGACAGGAGCUCAGACACACUAGAAACCCAUUGCACAAGUUGCAAACGAAACUGGCAAUUGCUUUCCCCGAUAAGUCUUUACUGCAAUAUGACUGUGGUAAAUUGCAAAAACUGGCUACGUUGCUACGAGAUUUGAAAGAUGGGGGCCAUAGAGCGCUUAUCUUUACACAAAUGACGAAAGUCUUGGAUAUCUUAGAACAAUUUUUGAACUACCACGGGUAUUUGUACAUGCGACUGGACGGUGCAACUAAGAUCGAGGAUCGUCAAAUAUUAACGGAGCGAUUCAAUACUGAUAACAGGAUCACUGCUUUUAUUUUAUCGAGCAGAUCUGGUGGACUGGGAAUUAACUUGACCGGUGCAGACACCGUGAUCUUUUAUGACUCGGACUGGAAUCCUGCUAUGGAUAAACAAUGUCAGGAUAGGUGCCAUAGAAUUGGACAAACACGAGACGUGCAUAUUUACCGAUUCGUUAGCGAUCACACUAUCGAAAGUAACAUUUUGAAGAAAGCAAAUCAAAAGAGGCAUCUGGACAAUUUAGUGAUUCAGCGUGGUGAUUUCACCACCGACUACUUCACAAAACUGUCCGUGAAAGACCUAGUAGGCGCGGAAAUGAACGAAGUGGCAGUCAGUGAUAAGCCGUUGUUAAUGGACGAAGACGCAGCCACUAAAGAUCCGCGGAAGUUGGAAAAGUUGUUAGCUCAAGCCGAAGACGCGGAUGAUGUGAAGGCGGCCAAAUUGGCAAUGAGAGAGGUCGAGGUGGAUAAUGAAGAUUUCCAGGAGAUGAAGUCUCGUGCCGAGGAAGAUGGUGGCGACGGCUUGGAAGACGAAUACGAAGGCACUAACCAUGUUGAAGAGUACAUGAUUCGGUUCAUAGCGAAUGGUUGCUAUUAUGAUUGA